CAUUCUAGACCUCAACAUUGAGUUAUUUAAUUUUUUAAAUAUUGAAAGAAAAUAAAAAUAAUUUUAUUUUGUUGAGUGAAUAUAGUACAUAUUUCAAUGGUAGUCAACAUGUUGAUAGCUUUGCGUGUGAACCAUUAAAUUCAUGGUUCGUGUGAACCAUUGAUUAACUUCAUGUCAGAUUUGACAGUAAACAUUUCAUCUCUGCAUUUAAUUCAUUUUACAAAAACAAAGAAAAUUUAGCAUGAAAAAGUGUAAAAUAACUGUAAAAAUGGCAUCAAUUGUAAAAAUGGAACCAAACAAUUUUGAUGAAGACUAUUUGUGUGAUAGCUAUUUGCACGUUCUGAAAGUGAAACCAGAUCCGGACGUUUUUUUCACACACUUUUUAGAUUCAAAAAUUAUGAACGAAAUUCGGACGAUCUUCAAUCAAAGUUUAGACAAUCUUUGCAUUUAUUACUGCAGUGUUUUACAAUAUGCAAUUGAAAUUGGUGGCCAAAAUUCCAUUCCUCUAUUUGCUAUGUCAUCUAUUGGAGCAUACCGCGUUUGGUACAAAACAGUUCUUGACCAACUUCCAGAUGAUUACAGACGUCCGCUAUACAGAGGUAUUGUUCAAAGAAAUAUAACAAUGGAAGAGAUAAGGUUGUUGCGCAAGGAAGUCGAACGAGCUCUACUUCAAUUGAAUGCUUUGGUUAGAAAAUUUAAUAAGGGGUGGGGUAAAGAUGUCACACUGGCUCGUCGAACACUCGAAUCAUCUAUGGUUGCUAGUGAGCGCAAAUUUGGCUACUUUGACGCCAAUUCAGCUGUACAACCAACCUGGAAUUCACAGCGGUUUAAAGUGGAUAUGGUAGAUAUUACACGUGAGGACACUGUUUGUCUUGCCAUCAUAAGUUCAUUUGAUACAGUCACCGUCAAUUUGUUGUUUGAAUUAUUCACAACAGUUCCGAACGUUACUGCUAGUACUUCGAAUUAAUUAUUAUUAGUUUACAAUUGAACCGGAUCCCUUUUUUUUUGUCUUUGAAUUUUAUUUGCUCAAUAAAUUUCAUUAAACUAACAAUAAUAGAAUUUACGAGUUUUUCAAAUUUUAGGAAGUAAGGAGAACAGGUUUCGUUGUUGUUGUUGAAUGAUGGUUAUUGUUACCAAUGGUUGAUUCAUUUAAAAACAAUUGCUUGAAGAUUAUGUAGAUUAAUGAAAUCAAAAUCAAAACCAAAAGUAAAGGGAUACACCACCACCAUCUUCUUAAAUGCUGUUGUAAACGCAUCACAAAUAAUGUUAUUGGUUUGUCACCAUCAUCAACAACAAAGGAUUGUCGCUCGUUCAUCGACUGCAUAUCAAUAGAAAAUUAAUCACAUGUAACGAACGAUUGAUUGCUAUUAUUGCCACCAUCAGCUUCACUAUCACUGACAUUCUCACGAAUUUCCUUACAAUCAUCACAAUUACAACUUGUAUUCAUAGUUUUUUCACAAGAAUUUUAAUAAAAAAUCUUCGUUCAAUAAAAUAAUAUUUUCUUUCAGUAGGUGAUAUACAUUGACAAAUUUAAAAAUAAAAAUAAAUUGAAAUCAAAAAAUGAAAAUUAAAAUCCAAAUGGUUACUUGUUUUAAAUACAAUUUUUUCUGUAAGAAAAAAAACAUCAAGAUUAUUUGUUUACAUUUUGAAAGCUCUGUAGUAUAUGAUAAACGCAUAUAUUUUUUGCUGCCGUUGGCUGCCGCUCACACAGAGCUGUUACUCAUAUGAAAUACACGGCAAGCAGAGCUGUUGCUGCCGUUCGCUGCCGUUGUUGAGAAACAGUGAGAGAGUGAGAGAGUGAGAGAGAGAGACGACGCACUCAACCGUUGCCCAUAAGAAAUAUACACUAAGCAGAGAUGUUGCGCGAAAGAGGUUAAAGGAGAAAUGCAAAACCAGUGUGUGUAUGUGUAUGUGUAUGUGUGUGUGUAUGUGUGUAUGUGUACACUAAUACUAGAAAACGGCCCUAAAACCGGCAAGUUCCUACUACUUAGAAUUUUUAGAAGAAAUCUAAUAUAGCUUGAGUAACCACAAACCAUGAAAGUGUUCAGAUUCUAGUUCGUAGAAUAUUAUAAAAUAGCUCCAGUCUUUAUUGGACCACUAUCACCCAUGUAUAACUCCUUUUGAAGGUCGGAACUGUGAUAGUCCUGAAUUAUGGGAUUUUCUCACCAUUUUCUCCAUUCUGACCCCAAAAUAAGUGACAUCAUGUGACGUUAUUGGUGUUGGGGUGAAGAUUGGAGCUCUAUAAA